AUGUCGGGUGAAUCUGAGCCGAUCUCACGAAAAGCCAGAGGCUCUACAACAGCGCCAACCCUUGACGUCCAGAUCGGAGCCUCCUCCCUCUUGAAGUUGAAACUCCGCUCUUCGGAUUUGUCAGUUCGCUUCCACCAUGCUGGCAAGGAUAGCAUACCGGAUGGAAUCCUCAUCACGAGGAUCUGGGAUGCAAACCAACGACCAGCGAGGUUCGCAGUGGAAGAAGGAGUAGGUGCACUCGUAACCCAACAUGAUGAAGUCGGAGGCACGGAGAUCCUCGAGAAGUCGAUACAGCGAACAGAGCGGCGUGUCGCGCAUGCGGUAGAUUGGAAUGUUGUAGAGCUCCCGAAUUCCUGGUUGGCGUUCAUCAUGAAUAUCAGGAUGUUUUUCAAUCUCUUCCACGGAGAGAAAUGA